CACGGCCCCUUCCAGACCCGGGUGUACGGCCGGGACCGUGUCAGGUUCAUGGAGAGCCUGGUGGUGGGGGACAUCGCCGAGCUGAAGCCGGGACAGGCCACUCUGACACUGCUCACCAAUGAGAGGGGUGGCAUCGUGGACGACCUCAUCGUCACCAACACGUCGGAAGAUCACCUCUACGUGGUGUCCAACGCCAGCUGCACCGACAAGGACUUGGCCAUCAUGAGGGGCAGAGCAGUGGAGCUGCAGGCUGCUGGCAGUGACGUCCACCUGGAGGUGUCGGACAACGCACUGCUGGCUCUGCAAGGUCCCUCCAUGGCACGGGUGCUGCAGGUGGGGCUGACGGAUGACCUAGCCAAGCUGUCCUUCAUGAACAGCAUCACCACAACGGUCUUUGGUGUGCCGGGCUGCCGGGUCACACGCUGUGGCUACACUGGCGAGGAUGGCGUAGAGAUCUCGGUGCCCAUGGGGCGGGCGGUGGAGCUGGCCGAGCAGCUGCUGGGUGUUCCCGAGGUGUGGCUGGCGGGGCUGGCAGCCAGGGACAGCUUGCGCCUGGAGGCUGGGCUCUGCCUUUACGGCAAUGACAUCGAUGAGACCACCACGCCUGCCGAGGCUGGGCUGCUGUGGACCUUGGGGAAGCGCCGGCGUACAGCCAUGGACUUCCCCGGCGCGGCUAUCAUCAUGAGGCAAGUGAAAGAGAAGCCGAAGCACAAGCGCGUGGGGCUGACGUCAGUGGGACCCCCCAUUCGUCCCCACAUGGCCAUUCUGGGCCCCGAGGGCACGCUUGUGGGCACAGUGACCAGCGGCUGCCCCUCGCCCUCCCUGGGCAAGAACAUCGCCAUGGGCUAUGUGGAGGCAGCACACAGCCGGGCCGGCACCACGCUCACCGUCGAGGUGCGGAAGAAACAGCAUCCGGCCCUCGUCACCAAGAUGCCCUUUGUGCCCACCCAGUACUACAUGGCCAAGUGA